CUACAAGCCGCCACCCAAAAACAUUAAUCUUUUUUUCGUUUACUUUUUGUUGUUGUGGGUAGAGACACCAACGAAGGGAUGGUGCUAAUAUCUGUGGAGACGGAUGAGCUGAAACCAUCGUUUACUUGUGGAAUCUGUUAUAAUAUAAUUGACCACGCCACAACUCUUACCGGGUGCCUCCACACAUUUUGCUGGAGAUGCAUCCAUGGAAACAUCACUGAACAUGCUUGGAAAUGUUGCCCAGUCUGCUAUGCUGAUCUUGGACCUACACCUCUCAGAACACUCAAACACAACGAAUUUAUGGAGAAGUUGAGACGGGCCUUCUUCCCUUCAUCGCUAGAUGUGAUCGUUGUGGACUCGGAUUCCGAAUCUUCUGUUUCGCCAUCCGAUGAAGAUGUAUCGGAUGGUGACAAUUCCGCUGCAUGAUGAACG